AUGUAAUAAGUUAAUGUACCUUCACAAUAUCCAAAUAUACCUUUUGCAAAUCAAACUCCAAUCAAUAAAACAAACCCCUCACUCUCUCCCAAUUAGAAAAUGUACUUCCAAUCGACCUCCCCAAUGCAAGAUUCCAACAGCUACACACCUGUCAAACAAUUGGGCGAAUUAGAAUUACUCUAUUAGAAAAUCCAUUUACUCCAAAAUGAAAAUAAAAUGCUCAAAACUCAAUUGGAAAAUGCCAACCUUCAGAUUAAAUAAUUGUCAACCAAAAUUAACACCUACAAUAGUUAAGCAAUAUUCAAGACAACCACAUUCGAAUUGGUUGUACUCCAAAAAGCAUUGGAACAAUUAGAAUAGUUGAAAACCGCUUUGCAGAAGAGAAAAGCAAGUCCCAAAGCCAACAAUCAAACGCUGCCCACUGAAGAAACGGCUGAAGUCAUUAGCGAAUUGAAGAGCAAAGUUAUCUCCCUGGAAUAGAAGAAUAAUAAACUAAGCAAAGAGAACUCAGAACUAUAAUAACUCAUCUUAUUCCCUGCAUAAUCUGAAUCUAAAGAAUUCAUUAGAGAAGGCAGAAAACAAUUAUUGUCUGACCCUAGCGAAAUUAGAAAAGUCAACAGGAACAGUCCCAUCAGGUUUGUCAAUCGGAAAGGUACUCCUAGCAAUCCCUACAGAUCGCCUAAACAUGCAGAGUGA